CCUUUCUAUUUAAAGAACUAUUUAAAAUAAAAAACAUCCGGGUGACCAACCCAGGUAGUAUAUCAGGACGAGCGCGCUCCCGCCUCAUGCUUUUUGUACAAAAGGUCACGUGUACGUUAGUUGAUACUUAACUGUGAAAUUCAUUAUGGAUAAAAAGUGUUCGAACUUAAGCGACAUCAGUUCAGUAGAAUCUGAUAAUGAUUUAGACCCUACAGUGCUCAAAAUUUUUGAUACUGACCAGGAAGAAGAGAGUUUUUCUGGCUUUGAGCAUGGAGAUUGUGCCAGUGUAUCUGGUUUACAAGUGCCUAAUAAUGUGGCGAAAAAAGGGUCUAAUGAUUCACGACGUGGUCGUGAGAUCACAAAACAGAAGAGUUCUGAGAAAGAAAUAGUCGCUAAGGGACCUGGAAAAGGCCCUGGAAAGAAUUUAAAAGGCAAAGCACCGUUGAAACGGAAAAAAGUAAGUGCUCCUAAAACUAAACCUAAAAAGAGUAAAGACAAUUCGUCAGAACUAUCAGAUAUGUUGAAAACAUUUUUUCAACAAUUCAGUAAUGUACAAUUGCCUGCAGGUCAGGUUCCAGGCACUAGCCAGUCCGGAAAUUUACCGGAAAUUGAUAUGCAAGGUCAAGGUGACGAUGACAAUAUUGAAGAACCUAGUGAGGGGUACGCAUAUUCAAUGCAUGAUAUUUUCUCAAGCACUGACCCAAAUGAAAACCAAAUUAUCAAUGCUGAUUCGGCAGGCAUUGAACUGCCAAGGAUAUUUGAAGAUCAGACAAAAUUUUCAGACCCCGUCACAGAAAGUUUGGCAGAGUUUGUUAACAAUGCAUGUACUCGCAAGGCGGACAUAAGUAAAUUUCUAGAGGGCAAGCAGGUCCCCAGUAAUUGCAAAUCAUUAAUUCCUCCAACUAUUAACACGGAGAUAUGGAAUUGUCUAUAUUCUAACAUUCAGCAGCGAGACAGGUCUUUACAGGAAGCGCAGAAAGUCCUGGGGCUAAGCAUUGUACCUAUGAUUGAAAUGGCAGAAAUUUUGAAGGGCAACCAGAUUGAUAUUUCAAAAUUUAAACAGCUCUUAACGCAAAGCAUUGCGUUGGCAAGUAAUGCAUUUUUUGAGAUUAACAUUAAACGGAGGUACUUCAUUAGACCCUAUGUAUCUAAAAAGUUCCAACAGUUGUGUUCUGCUUCAUAUCCUAUAGAGGAGCACUUAUUUCCUAAUGACGUUGGGAAGAGAAUGAAGGAAAUCAAUGAAGCCUCUCAAAUUAACCGUCAGGUUUGCUCCAAUUAUAAUGGUUCAAAAAACUUCAGAAGACCUUGGGGACGAGGUGGCCAGAGCAGUCAGCCCCAGGGUCCAUACAGAGGCCAAUCAUGGAGAUCCAACAGAGGCAGAGGCCGAGGCUACAGAGCCAGGGGCUCCUACAGAGGAAAGUUUUAGAAUCUAAACAUGAUAAGCCGGGUGCUACAGAAAAUCCAAGACGAUCAGUGAACAGAGUGACAUUGACGUUGGAUGAACAUUGAUUUAUGUGAUGAGUUCGUUGGAUGAACAUUGAUUUAUAUGUGAUGAGUUCGUGGGAUGGACUAUUCCGAUUGAUGAGAAAGAGACUUUAUUUAGUGCUAUGAUAGAGCAGUGCAGUAUAUAUUUGAACUUUAAUACAUUUAUUGUUUUCUGGUGGGAUAAUGUAAUUUGGGAUGAUUACUUUAUUAAAGGUUAUUGAUGGUAUUAUGUUUUAUUCAAGGCCUUUUGUAAUACGAUUUGUUGGGCUUUAAAGAUUCCCAAUUAAACACGAGAUAGCCUGGAGGCUAUA